AUCAAGGAAGAGAAGGAAUUAAAAGCAGAAAUUGGAUAGAGGCUUAUCUCAAAGGAAAAGAAAAAAAUUGGGGACUAUUUCUUUGAUACAACAUCGACCUUGUAAGCUGAGAAAGAUAGAAACCAUGUCUUUAGUUAGAUCUGCAGAGCCAUCAGCUGCAACAUAUGGAAAUCCAAAGCUCUAUUCACUGAAGGGUAGCCAUGACAGUGCUGGCUUGUCCACUCCAAUAUUUGGUUCUGAUAAGCAUAAGCCCAUAUAUUUGGUCGAUUCUUACUGUGAUGAAAGCUAUGAAAAGUACUUUCUUGACUCCCCAGUGGAAGAGCUAAUUCAUCCAGCAACUUCAGGGAUAUCAGGUAAUUUGUUUAACUCACAAGAUGGCUCUUAUUACCAGUUAAGUGGUGGUUCAGGUUUCUCUUUGAACAGUCAUAACAAGCUUAAUUCUUCCUUUAAGAUAAUGAGACAUCCUGAUGGGUGUCAACCCAAUUUUAAAUCAGAUUACUUGAAAAACCAAAGCCUGGACACAUCAGAUUACAAUGAUGAUAUGGUGAGACUGAAGCUUCAAGAACUAGAGAGAGCACUGCUUGGUGAUAAUGAUGUUGAUGAGGAUGAUGUGUUUGGCGCUGAUUUAAGCAUGGAAAUAGAUGGUGAAUGGUCGGAGCCAAUACGGGCAGAAUUGCUUCAUGAUUCACCCAAGGAGUCUACAUCCUCAGAUUCUAACAUCAGUAGCAUUAGCAGCAACAAAGAAGUAUCACAUGCAUCACCUCGAACCCCUAAGGAAUUGCUUAUUGAUUGUGCUGCUGCAUUGUCAGAAGGAAAUAUUGAGGAAGCAUCGACCAUAAUAAAUGAUCUCCGACAGAAAGUCUCAAUUCAAGGAGAUCCCUCUCAAAGAAUUGCAGCCUACAUGGUGGAAGGUCUUGCAGCUCGUAUGGCUGCAUCCGGGAAGAGUCUGUACAAAGCUCUCAAGUGCAAAGAGCCUCCUUCUGAUGAUAGGCUUGCAGCCAUGCAGAUACUGUUUGAGAUUUGCCCUUGCUUUAAAUUUGGAUUCAUGUCAGCAAAUGGAGCAAUUAUGGAAGCUCUUAAAGAUGAAAAGAGAGUGCAUAUAAUAGAUUUUGACAUCAAUCAGGGUAACCAGUAUAUUGCUCUGAUACAAACACUUGCUAAACAGUCUAGCAAGCCACCCUUCCUGAGGUUAACUGGCAUUGAUGACCCUGAGUCAAUUCAACGUGCCACAGGGGGUCUUGAAAUUGUUGGACAAAGGCUUGAGACGCUAGCACAAAUGCUCGGGGUACCAUUUGAGUUUCAAGCAGUGCCUUCGAGGACUUCAGUUGUCAAUCCAUCAAUGCUGGACUGCAGGGCUGGUGAAGCACUUAUAGUAAACUUUGCUUUCCUACUCCACCACAUGCCUGAUGAGAGUGUUUCAACAAUAAAUCAGCGAGAUCAGCUUCUGCGGAUGGUUAAGAACUUAAAUCCAAAACUUGUGACUGUCGUAGAACAAGAUGUGAACGCUAAUACAGCUCCCUUUUUCCCUAGAUUUAUUGCAGCCUACAAUUACUACUCCGUUGUGUUUGAGUCUUUGGAUGCAACCCUCCCAAGGGAGAGUCAGGACAGGAUGAAUGUUGAGAAGCAGUGCCUUGCCAAGGACAUAGUUAACAUUGUUGCAUGCGAAGGGGAGGAAAGAGUAGAGCGUUAUGAGGUUGCUGGAAAGUGGAGGGCAAGGAUGAUGAUGGCUGGGUUCAAAUCAUGUUCUAUGAGUCCAAAUGUGAUCGAUAUGAUCCAGAAACUUAUAAAGCAGUAUUCUGACAGAUACGAACUGAAGGAGGAAUUUGGUGCACUCCAUUUUGGUUGGGAGGGCAAAAGCUUGAUUGUUUCCUCAGCAUGGAGAUAGAAUCAUUAGGUUAACAGUACUGCGGUACCUAUGAUUAAGUAUUGCACGGUGUUUGUACCUUGUAACAAUAGUUUUGUGUGGGAUGAUCGAUCAGGAUGCAUGUUAGUAUGUUAUUUAUCUGGAAUUUAGGACUUAUUGUUUAAUACAGAUGUAAAAUCUCAUGAAUUACUAGACAUUGCUAAUUAUCUAACAAUCUUGAAUAAUCUCUACUGGUUUUG